CCGUGAUUGGGGAACUGCUAGGAUGCCUCGCUCCUUCCUCGUGCGUCGCGUAGGGCUCUCUUACGUGCACGAAAGCGCUUCGGCCGUGUUUUCUCCUCUCCACUACGAAGAUUCUGUAGGGGGCCUUUCGCGGAGCAGCAGUCCGUCACGCAGUCCCUCCCCGGAGGAAAACAAGGAUGCAGUAAGCAUGUCCACAAAUUUCUCCAUAGAAGUUCUGCUGGGGCUGAGACCUGAGAGAGAUUGCAAAUGCAACCUGUGCAACAAAAACUUCAGUACGGCACAUGGCUUGGAGGUUCACUCUAGGAGAUGUCAUUCAGGACGAGAGUUGGAGUUUCCUUGCCUGAAGUGUCCAAAGAGUUUCAACCACGAGGUGACCCUGCGGCACCACCAGAGCGUCAUCCAUGCACCUCAACGCAGCUUUCAGUGCCGGCUCUGCGGGAAAUGCUUCAAACGCUCUUCCACCCUUUCAACGCACCUCUUAAUUCAUUCGGACACCAGGCCAUAUCCGUGUGAAUAUUGUGGGAAGCGUUUCCAUCAGAAGUCCGACAUGAAGAAGCACACCUAUAUACAUACAGGAGAAAAACCUCACAAAUGCAAGGUGUGCGGAAAAGCCUUCAGCCAGUCAUCGAACCUCAUUACGCAUAGCAGGAAACAUACGGGUUUCAAGCCUUUUGCGUGCGAAGUCUGCGGAAGAGCUUUUCAACGCAGAGUUGACCUCCGGAGACACAGAGAGACGCAACAUCAACGACCGACAGCGAUAGAACCUCCACCUGGUCCUUCUCCUAGUGUUUGAAUGUUGCAUUUUGAAAGGACACACGGUGCCUUUACGCGCGACAUGUUCAACAAAUCGGAAAGCGGCAGAAACAUAUCUGGUGUACGAGUAUCACAGUACCAUGUAGGCCACGGCCGGCUUCAAGAGUCAAGGGGCCGUCAAGAGUCAAGCCGUCGUCGUCCAGAGAAUUCCUCUUUCACUUCUUCUCCUAUAUCCCGCCUAUGAACAGGUGGAGGUGGGAGCACGAUGUCUCCCUUGCU